CUCGCUCGCCACGUUUGUUCGUAGGCCAGGUACGCUUCACUCAGGUAAGUACCGUUCGUUCAGCUACGUCCGACACCAGUCACGCCACAACCUUCGCUGUGUCAAGUGUACGGAGUCGAGACCGAAAGGACCGACUGAAUCGUUCUACCCAACAACGAGCGUCUUUUUUUCGUUGAAAUUCAUUCUCAAAGACGCAUUACAUCCGGACGAUUCGUUCUCAUCGAUAACGUGCUUUUGAAUCUAGAGGAAUAAAGAAGAAGAAAUAAUCGCAUCGUUUCCUGACAGAGAAAGAGACAGAGAUUCUGAGGAUGAUGUGGCUACUAUCUAGAACAUGGCUCCUCUUUCUUUUGCUGGCAGUUGGUCGUUGUGAGACAGAGGAUGAACACGACAUGUCUAGCGCUUUUAUCGAAGCUGCCAAGUCUUUUCUUACGAAUAGAGAUGCCGUUGGUGGACUUCAGAAUGUAGCGAGUGCUUUCGUACAAUCGGAUGUGGGCAAACAGAUCAGUGACACGCUGACAGGAAGUGACAAAUCUGGUGAGAGUGGAAUUGGCGAGAUACUUUUGAAAGUUGGUGAUAUGUUAGCAAAUGAACGAAAUGAUCAAAAUGAUAUAUCUUGGGAUUCCUUAAUGAAUACAUUCUCUUCGAUGAGUGGAUCUUUCGAUAAAAAAAGGUCUACCAGAGAUACAGAUGAUAGCAAAGAAGAACAGAACUUUAACUUCAAGAACAUAAUCAAUAUCGGUAAAAUGUUAUUAGGACAACAAGAAAAUGGUGAAGCUCUUUUAGGUUUCUUACCUAUGAUCAUAGAUAUUUUCAACAAUGGCGGAGAAUCAACAGGUUCCUCGAAGAAAUAUGAUCAUUCUGGACAUUCUUGGUUCUUACCACCCAUUUUGGAAAAUCUUCAUGUUAUGUGGAAUCACUUUAGUAAUUCCGAGUUAGGUCAUGCCAUUUGGAAAAAGAGUGGCCUGUCGGCAUUUGUCGCUCAAAUGUCAGACGAGAAUGGUAAUAUAGAGUACGAAAAGAUACUUGGAAGUUUUGAAAAUCCUUCUUUACGUCGGCGUUGGAUCAAAUUGUCAACGAAUUUUGUAGCAGAAUGGAUCGCUCACGUGUCCGAUCCAUCGACAAGACAACGUUACAUGACGACCAUCCAAUUUGUUGGGAACAGUUUCCUCAAAUCUCAGGGAUAUCCAAGAUCUGUCAUGUUCGACGCUAACAAGCCAGCUGAGAGUAUUUCUAGGUUGGUAAACGUUGCUGCUAGGAAACAUUUGAAUAUGAAGAUAGACAGCAGUCAAUACGUUGGACCAGCGAUCGCUUAUAUUCAGGAACUCGUUAAUUUAGCUUCUGAAAAAGGUUUCAUAAUGUCAAGAAUAAGUGCCAGAGAACUCAGUAAUAAGCUAAGCAAUACGAUUAAUAACGAUAUCGUAGAACCCAUUCUAAGAUCUCAUCGUGCAUACAAAUGGGCGAUCAAACAUCCACAAUGUGCGACUCAAAUACUUUGUACUCUCAACGAAAAGAAUGAAAACGAUGUACCGAUGUUACGUACUUCGAUCACGAAAGUCUUAAGCUUCCCAACAGCCUGGAUUAUCAGUAAUAAAAUAAAUAUCAACUUUUGGACACUUUAUGGAUCUCUAAUGGAUCACAGUGAAUGUAUUAUGAAAUAUCCAGCUAAUUGUACGUCAUUUCACGAAGAAGAAAUCAGAGUAACUACUGAAAAUAUAGAACACAACGAACUAUGAGAAUUUCGUGAUAUACGUGUAAAAACUUUUUUUCCCUGAUAUCAAAGAGACGUUAAUAAAAAUCAAGGUCUUCGCUGUGUGCCAGUGAAUGUUUACAGGUUACAAUGAUGUUUAAUAAUAUCGUUUGUAUGUAUGUACAUACGAGGAAGUUGCCGCGAUAAUACGAUAAUAAUCGUGAGUGUUUUAUAUAACAUACGAAUAAUAAUAUCUUUUAGAUAACGUGAGUAGCUACUUGUGCAAUGUACGCUUUCAUUUGUGUACUGUUUUUUUUUCUUCUUUGUUUUGAUUCCAAGUAAUACAGUGUACAGUUACAAAAGCGAGAAACUUGUAUCAAUCAAUAAUAUUCGUUGAAAAGGAUUUAUAUAUCGGAUUUGAAUCAAGAGCGGGUUAAUAAUUAUCAUCUCAUACAUUCUUAUAUCUUUCAUUCAUUUUUUCCACAACGAUGUGAAAAUUAUUAACUUAAUUCAAUUAGAAAAUAUAUAGAUAUACAUACCUAUAUAUAUAUAUAUAUAUAUAUAUAGUUUGUUCUUUUUAAUUUGUUUAUCAAACUUAUUGCUAGUUCGUAUUCUUCGUAAGUAAUUGAAUGCGCGUUUGUCAUAAUUUUUUGUUGACAUAGAAGCAAAAAAAUUUGAUCGUCGAUCAGACGAGAAUGUUGAAGUGAUCGAAGUGGACUUACGAAUAAUAGCAUUUUGUGAAUGUUUUCUUGUAAAUAUUAGAUAAAAGCAAUGAAUAAAACAUGACUGGAAUGUACAAGCUGUACAGAUCGGAGAA